AUGGGGACCACUUUUGUGCCUGUAUUCCUGCCUGAGGAAGGAUUGCCAUACGGAAGGCAUAGUGGAGCUAGCCCAGCGCUACCCCCUUGCACCCCCUUCGGCAAUUCGCCCAUAAUGCAAACAACAGCCGAAGCCGAACUUCUGGCCCAAAUCACUUCUCUACGGCAGGAUAUGGCUAAACUACAAGAACAUAACAACCUACUCUCGUCCAAAGUGGACGAAACCCAGCAACUGCUCAAUCAGCAGCAUACGCAAAACAUCCAACCCACUCAAUCCUCUAAAAGCUUGCAGACUCCGAGUUGGCAGAAGAAAAGUAAGAAGGGGGCAAGGGCAAUGUCUGCGCCCUCCAAACAGCUGGUAGUCCCGGCUCCCAAAGACCAACCCCAUCUACCGAAGAAGGUCUACAUCGAUUGUCGUCAUCGGCUUAACGACAAGGAAGUCGAAAGACAGAGAUCUCCGAUCAAGAUCAAUGCGCAUCUAAGGGACUCACGGAUGAGGGUUCUCGGGAACAAAUCACCCAUUCGGAAGGAGCCCGAUUGGGGAAAGCUUCGACCAGGACCAUUCACCGAACACAUCAGGCAUUCCAGGCAGGACAGGGAUGUGCAGCCUCUUCGCAUAUCGUUCUACACCGGGGUAGAAGACCCUUUGAUGCAUCUUCACUCUUUCCAGUCUGUCGUGGGAUGUAAAGGUCUCAACGACGAGGGGCAAUGCCUACUGUUCCCAUCUGCGCUUACCGAAGCAACCUUAAAUUGGUUCUACCGAUUGGAACCAGAGACAGUAGACUCAUUCGACGAGUUGAAACAGAUUUUUCUCAAUCACUUCAUGAUCCAGACAGUCAGUCUAUAUUCUGCUGAUGAUUUGUACACCAUUCGGCAUAGGGAAGACGAGCCUUUAAGGGAAUACGUUGCGCACUUCAGUCAUGAGUACUCAAGGUGUCCAGAAAUAGAUGAUAGGGCAGCCUACGGUGCCUUCAAGAGUGGCCUUCGGUCCUCACACUUUCGGUACCUGGUGCACAGUAGCAACUAG